GAGAGAGAGAGAGAGAGAAAGGGUUCUCGGCUUUAGAGUCGGAGAAGUCGCGAAAAUGCACGCUGUCUCUGUGUGUGUGUCGGACAAGUGGCGAGAUGAGAUUUGUUCGCCUCCAGAGGCUGAAGAAGAAGAAGCCGAAGCUCAUAUCGGCGAGUGAGUGUGUGUAUGUGUGUGAGUGAGUGCUGCGUUCAAGGGACAAAUAUCGCUGUUCGCUAGCCGUUGGUGGUUUUACGACGGACAGCAGUCGCUUUGCGUCUUAUGUAACUAACGGCCUGAGCAGCAGCAGCAGCAGCAGCAGCGUCGGUCAGGAAAAGAGGGAUUCACUGAAUGAGAGGGAGGAAAGAGAGAGAGGGAGAGAGAGUGAGUGUGGGGGAAAAAAAAGAAAAGAGCAGCACCGCUUUGAAUUCACAUGGCAAUUCACAUUUAGGUUAGGACACACAAACGCUACACAAAUACCAAUUGGGGGGCUACUGCAAGGGAACGGCUACUGCUUUGAUUUAAAGGCUGACUUUGUUGAAGGCAGCAGCAGCAAGGACGUGGAAAGUCGCCUCAAGUAGGUCGGCGAGGUGACGGUGGAAUCUGACAACCGUGACGAUGAGAGCUGAAACCUGAACUGAAAAAAACCGCACAGAAAGAAAGAAAGAAGGGCCUUACACGGAUCCGCCAUGCGCCCGAUCAGACUCAAAACUAUAAUAUCACCCAGCUGUUAAGCACAAGACGAGCAACAGCCGUGGACCCAAAGAAACCGAUGCUGCGUGGAGUUUUAAGAUUCUCUUAAACAAAGCUGAAAAGUGGUGCAUGGAGUUAUGUGGACCUGAUUGAGCAAUGGAGGGAUUUUAGUUUGUAUCUGGCACCCGGUUUCUCCCUCCUGUUGCAGUGUGGAGUUACGGAGCACCAGUAGCCGAACCGUGCUGCUGGACAGACCGCUGCAGCCCGGGGUGGAAACAAGACGCUUCAAGAGAACUAAUGCCAAGUCCCAGAGUCAGCCAUGAUGUUUUUAUAACCUGAUGAUCAGCAGAGAGAUGGUGAGGAAGAAGAAUCCCCCUAUCCGCAGUGUCGGUGGUGAGGAGGAGGAGGAAGAAGAAGGGAGGAGGCCAGCAGGAGAAGAAGAAGAGGAGGGAGAGGAAGAGGGGAGAGUAGGAGCGGAGGCCGAACGAAUAAACCGACCCUCUGAACCAGAGUCCUCCGACCGGGUCAGAGGAGAUGAGGAGCCUGAGGAGGAGGAGGGGGGAGAAAACACACAGACAGGACAAGGGCAGAGAAACCAAGCCAAAGAGUAUGGGAAGACCAGGCCAGAUGUACACAAUCAACAGCAUAGGGCGGUUAUGAUGAAUGGCACAUAUGACGUACAGGUGACUGUGGGUGGCACGCUAAUUGGGAUUGGCCGGAAGACUUCUGAUUGCCAGGGGAACACUAAGUACUUUCGCUGCAAAUUCUGCAACUUCACGUACAUGGGCAGCAAUUCUUUAGAACUUGAACAGCACUUCCUGUCUUCACAUCCAAAUAAAGUGAAAACUCCACCAACCACACCCCUGCUAGCCACGAACAACCUGGCAAAGCAUGACAACCAGGCAACGGGGAGGAGUCCGAUCAUAGACGGGGCGGAGCGAGUGGCUGUGAGAGCGGAAGACAAUUCCUUGGUCGGCUACACUAUCCCAGUUAGGGUGUCUUCAGACUCAUCAAGCUGGACAGGGGAGCCGGUUCGAGGCUCUGUACAAGCCUACUAUUGGUGUAAAUUCUGUAGCUGGAGCUGUGAGUGGUCGGGCGGCUCAGCAAAGCUUUUGGAGCACUAUGAACAAAGACACAGAAUGAGCACGGGAGGAGCUAUGAGCCCCAGCAAUUCUAAUCCUGGGGUGUUGGACAGGGAGAGGGAAAGAGGAGGGAGAAGAGAAGACGGUGAAAGAGAUCACAUGGUAUCCAAAAGCCGCAAAGAUCUAUCAUCAAACCCUUCCAGCACCAGCCAAGGAGACCCAAACUGCAGCGAUCCGGAGGCGGUCGUGACCAGUUACAACUGUCAGUUGUGCGAUUUUCGGUACUCAAUGGCCCACAGUGCAGACGUGAUUGUCGUAGCGCCGUUACUACUGCACUAUCAGCACAACCACUCCAUCCAUCGAUGCUGCAUCCAGCACUGCAUCUAUUGUCCACAGGGGCUCUGUCAACCACAGAAACACCUGGGAGAGGUCUCCCACCCCUUUGCUUGUCGGAAACCCACCUGCCCCAAAUGCUGUUCCAAGUUUCCUCAGUCCACCAAACAGCAGGACACAGUCGGUUCGAAACCUGCCACCACCUCACCCAGCAUGACCCCUCCUGCUCCCAGAGGUGACCCAGGAGUCACCCACUUGUGUGAUCAGUGUGCGUUUGCCACCACCGACAUUGAUGUGUUGCUGCAACACUAUGAAACCUGCCACACCCUCAUCAACCUGAGGGGGGCACCCCCACAUGUCAAGGCAGAGGAAGAUGUUGUGGCUGACAAGGAAGGUGGGAGAGGAGCAGGAGGAGAGAGGGAGUACUCUUGUACCAAGUGUCACUUCAUCACAGAAGUGGAAGAAGAGAUUUUUAGACACUACAGGCGUGUCCAUGCAUGCUGCCGUUGUCGGCGCUGUGACUUCACGGCCCCUGAUUCAUCGGCCCUCCUCGACCAUUUUAACUCUGUCCACUGUCACGACUCCUCUCCCUCAUUAAGCUCAGUGACAACAACCUCCUUGCCCACCUCUCUGACAACUUCACUGACGCCUUCUUUAACACUCUCAGCCAAUGGCUGCUCAGCUCCCUCUACCUUAGCCAUUAAAGAAGAGAGCAAGGGGGAUCUUCGUCUCCUGUACUCCCUGGCACCGCCGGAGGGACGGUUGGCAGAAGGCGGCAGAGAAGAGGCAGGAGGGGUGGUAAAAAGUGAGGGAGGUGAGGAGAAAGAAAGAGAGCGGGAGAAAGGCUGGGUGCUUGGGGAGAUGAGAGGAAUGGGUGAGAGAGGAGGUGAGCAGGCCCAUGGUUUACUCUGGGUGCCCAAGGAGCGAAUGGGCCCAGAAAGAGGAAUAGACAGAGGAACAGGAGGUGGGAGCCCCUCUCUUUUCCCCUCCCCUCUCCCAUUGUCUUUUGUUGCAGCCAAUCAUGAGGCCUCACAGCAGAAAAGAGGCGUGGCUUCACCGAGCAUGGUUUACCUGGGAGACACCAAGCCAUUUUUGGGAGAUACCAAGUCGUUUUUGGGAGAUGCCAAACUGUAUGGAGGAGGAAGGUCCGCAGGAGGAGGAGGUGCUGCAGGUGGAGGGGAGAAGCAGAGCCCAAUGCCCACUCAGCAAUAUACAGGAAGUGGAGGAGGAGGUAGUGGAGGACAGGAGGGGAAAGGAGCUGCUAAAGAGGAGUCACAAUCUCUACUAAGGCGGCGCAGGGGAAGCGGUGUCUUCUGUGCAAACUGCUUGACCACCAAGACAUCGCUGUGGAGGAAGAACGCUAACGGAGGCUACGUCUGCAACGCGUGUGGUUUAUACCAAAAACUACAUUCGACACCCAGACCUCUAAACAUCAUCAAGCAGAACAACGGCGAACAAAUUAUUCGACGGCGAACGCGAAAGCGCCUCAACCCCGACUCUUUGUCGUCUGAAAACCCCUCCUCCAAGCAGCAACGAAUCACCAGCGAGGAGCGCAUGAACGGGGAGGAGUCGGACCGAAGCUGUGCGUCGGUGAAAAACCAGCAGCCUUCGCCUCGCUCGCGCUCACCCCGAUCCACACAGGCCUUCCUGGCCAAUCAGACGCUGGAGAUCCACCGGCGCAUGCCGCCUCUGCUCCUCCCUUCACACCCUCCCUCCUCACUGGUAGCCGAGGGCAACGGGGGCAUCGCAGACGGAGGCCUUACGUCGAAAGUGGACGGAGGUAAAGGCGGAGGGGGAUCAGAGAGGGGAAGUCCAAUUGAAAAAUAUAUGCGUCCAUCCAAACCGUCCAGUUAUUCACCUCCUGGUUCACCCAUUGAAAAAUAUCAGUAUCCCCUUUUCUCUUUACCCCUACCAUUAACCAUCUCACCUGAUUUGACCCCAGAGUCGGACUGGCUCAGAUUCUGGACCAAGUACAAGAUGGCAGCCACCUCUGGGGUUCCUGGUAGCAUCAGUAAUCUCAGCAGCCCCGGUGGCCUCGGAAAUAACGCACAUUAUCUUGGUGCAAUGGUGACUUCAGUACAACAUCAUCAGCCAAGCUACACGGUGCCUUACUGCGCCUCUCCCUAUUCCCCUCUUCCACCUCCUCCAGCUCCUCCCCACUAUCCCCCUCCCCCUCUUCAUCCACAAACCUCAUCAUCAUCAACCUCAUCGUCAUCACUAGAAAACGAUGCUCCUUUGGAUCUUGCAAUAAGACAGAGAGAUACCGGUGCUGCAAAUGCCCACAUGUCAACAAACGGUGCUGAACGGAGGAAGCUGGAGUCUCCACUUGCUGAGAGAUUGCGAGCGAACUGGAAAGGAGAGAAAAAGGAGGAGGAGAGGACUGACGAGGGAGGGAACCAGAGAGAGGAGAUCAAAAAGGAAGAACAGGAUCACUUGACAACAAACCGGUCGAUCGUUUCAUCGAAUCGUACAACGGCGGAAGUGGCCACACAGGACGAUCUGACCAAUCGCUGCAUCCACUGUGGGAUCUACUUUCUCGACGAGGUCAUGUACGCCCUGCACAUGAGUUGUCACGGUGACCAGGGACCAUACCAGUGCAGCUUUUGCCUCCAUGUGUGUGUGGACCGCUAUGACUUCACCACACACAUACAGAGGGGCUUACACAGGUACACGGACAAGGCGGCGCAGCAGAAGGGUCACCCGCAAGAUGGGAAAAUUCAGAGUAGCACAGCGAUGUCAGAGCGGGAGUCUCGAAGCGUCACUCCAGAGGGAAAAACAGACAGAGGUGACCAUGAUGAGGUCGCAUGUGAAUGUGAUGAUGUCCCAGGAGUGUGUCGUGAUGAUCGGGAAGAGGAGGAGGAGGAGGAAGAAGAAGCAGUGACAGGCAGUGGUGCCAAUGAUAAUGAAACAGGAGCUGAAGAAGAGGUUAGAGUCGAGACUCAUGACACAACAAACAAGGAAUUAGGAGGCGAAACGCCGCCGGACAACGGCGCCGACACCACGAAAACCGCUGAGGUCUCGACUGUUGCUGAGGGUAAAGACUUAGAAGGGAACGCAGAGCGUAAUUAACCCGAGACAUUUGACUCUCACAAACUUGUACGAAUGUGUUUCACUGAAUGAAUAAGCUGAAUGCCAUCCUGUUCCUGGAGGCUAGCUCAUGUCAAAAUGGGCCUAUCCUGGGCACUAAACGGAACACAUCCACAUGCUGGAAGCACUCGGCUGUCAAAUGGUCAAAAAUCAGUGUUGGAUCCCGCUGAACUGCUGCAGGGACAAUUUGGAGGAGAAGUCGAAAUCCUUUGUUGAGUGACGAUCACUUGACAGCUCUGUAGCAAGUAUUCAACAAUGGAGUCCAGGCGUGCAGCUGAAAUCACCUUUAAUUAACAGCCACUUGUGCGCCUUCCAAAUAAAAGGAUUGGAAGCUCGACUGAAAGUUAGACUGGUCUCAUUUAGAAUGAGUUUGAGGAGCUCGGCACUUGCACAGCCACCACACAGCAGAGCAACAAAUAACAUGCUGGAAGCAAAACACUUAAGCUGAACUGAAGCUAAACUAAAACCCUGACCUGGUCUGAUGCAUCGUUCAGUCUAUUUUAUGUUGGUACAAUCACAUCUGUUCUGGUUCAGACUUCUUUUUUCCUGGUGCAAACAUUGGUUUUUUUUUAAUAAAAAAAAAAAGUUCCAUUGUGCAAAUGGAUUCAAAACCAAAACUUAUUUUGAAAAGUGAGAGUUGAGACGUGAGCCAGUCGCUCCGCGCUGCAGUUCAGCUGGUGCGUGUGAUCGGUACAAAAGGAUCAGUUGGUUUCUUUCACUCCGGCCCUGUUGUUGCUGACAGUGAUCUGGGAUUAAUGCAAAUUCACCACAGCUGCAAAAUAGUGGACUGCUUGGGUUUGAUUUGACCGUGACUUCUUGAACUGCUUAAAACCAGUUUGUAACUGGUUAAAAAAAAAGAAAAAACUAUAUAUAUAUGAAAAAACAAAAAAAUACGGUGUAAUGCCGGACCGAAGUGUUCUCUUCAUCCGUUUGGAUCGAACAAGUGACAAUAUUUUCUACUUUCCUCCGUGCCAUGAUACUAGCUACGUGCCUGGCUGCCUGCCUAACUGAACAACCACCAAUUAACCAGCUUAACAUUUAUAUGAAUAAUAAUAAUAAAGGUAAUAAUGAUGAUGUUUUAGUUUAAAACAUGCAAUUUGCUACACUUUCCUAUAUAAUAUGUUAUUUUGUAAAGGAACAUAAUGCUUUUCUUUUUGUUGCAGGAAAUGGUACUAUAAGAAUUUAGUCUGUUUUUAUUUUGUUGUUGUUUGUGUUGCGUUGAUAACAGCUGUCUAACAGACAAGGUACAAGACGGGGGGGAUGGGGGGGUUGUGUGUUUGUGUGCAUUUGUGUUAUUGCGUUUUUUUUGUUGUUGUUGUGUGUGAGGAUCCAAGUCCGUCCCCAAAAACAGUGAUGUAAACAUAAUGAAGGCUUGCGCUUGUGUUUUUUUUUUUUCAGUCCUCAGGGGUCACGCGUGUUGCACACCAACCCACCUGUUUCAUAGCAUGGGACACAUCAUUUUUACAUGGUUAAUGGUGUCACGGUUUUGGCAUGUUCUCUUACUUAUAUCUUCUUUAUCAUGUUCUUUAUGUGCCAAUAGAUCUUUACGGUCUUAGUAUGUAACGUUUUUUGAUUUUUUUUCCCGUACGUCUUUUUUACGUGUUGUCAUGGAUUUGUGUAGAGAGAGAGAGACGGACGAAUUAUUCGGGUUAACUGUAUGAUCCUUUUGCUCUCUAGCUGAGUCUACGGAGCCCUUUUUUUGCCUACAGUGUUUUAUUCAGCCGAUAUUAUUGCUGAGAGUUCGCUAGAUUACCUCUAUGUAGCAUGAUAGCGUCGUAUGAAAUCUGCAAAAUGAGUUGCCUUUUCUAGGGAUGGGAGCUGUUACUUGUCAGACCCAAAUAAUACUGAAGAAAACACAAGAAUGUAAAGUGACAUUAAAUAGAAACAGUCCAUUUCACUCCUUUGUCAUCUCUGACACCACCCACUUAAAUCCCUGUUGCGGUUGCUUUUCAGAAGCGACUUUUCUGUAAGACAAUUCCCAUAGUUUGCUUUUUGUCAUUGAGAGUUUUAAAAGACGCCCUAGCUUCUUAAACUGGAGCAACAUCGUGGACGUUUUGUUUAUUUUUUAUAAAAAAGAGAAUCACUACUCCAGCCUCGCUGCCUUAGUUGCUAGAAAACAAACAGGAAAAAGAAAAAAAAUCACCAAGGGACUCCUUUGAAGGAAAAUAAUAAUAACAAUAAUAGGCCGAUUUAAAAUGAAAGUCAGGAAGGAACAAGCUAAAAGAUAUUUUUCUAUGCUUUUCCAAAAGACAUGAAUGAAAACUAUUUUGCCUAGUGCCUGGGAAACUUGUGAGGGUUUUUUUUAAAAGAAAAAGAAAAGCAAAAAAAGCCUUUUUCUCUCUGUGUCUGUUAUGAGCCAUGUCGGACACAAGUCGGGGGGGAAUCGUGCUGUCCGAUUUCAAAUAUGCAUCUUCAGCCCAUGAGGACAGAAACCUCGUGUGCUUUUUUACAAAUUGGUUGCUAUGCUAACUGCUAAUCACGACUUUCAUUCUCACAUGUAUGGACACUACUUUGUAGAAAUGUAGACACACGUGCCUCAAUGUUGAAUUACGGCACACACGUCAUGUCACCAGGUGUCACUCGUCCACUCGUCUAGUAGUUUUCAUAUAUUAUAAUAUUCCACCAGUCUUAAGGGUUUAUCUCAACUCGACUUUUGUUUUUUUUCGUCAUCACUAUCCAAACUAUGACGAUUCUCUCCCUCUUUAAUACUGAAACUAUGAAGCAUUCAUUUGCAUGUAACUCUCAUUUGAGCCAGUUUGGAUAAUUCAUGCUCAUCGUGUAUGUAAACAAAAGCAUUCGUGUAUCAGUUAAAAAUGCUUUUAGGAGACGGUACUUCAGAGGAGCAAUAUUAUGGACAAAUUGGCCAGCUGUUCAAUUCAUACUCCACACACAUAGGUGGCAGUAUAAUCUCCUAUCACGUAUGGACAGAUCAGGCAAAUUCAAGAGACAAAAAAACAGGUUUUAUUCAAAUAUGAAUAGCUGGAUUGUGAUAAUGUAGAGUUUUUUUUAGAUGUUGGUUGUUUUGAGGCUUUUUUUUCAAGGCAAUGCCAGCUUUACAAACUGUUUACAUGUGCAAAUGUAGCAACAAAAACAAACAAAAAAAAGGAAUGAAGCAUUGCUUUCUUAAAAGACAACAAAGGGAAGAAUGGAGGGAUCCUCGCUGAGAUGGAUGAAUGGUUGCCUUUAAAGGAUAAAUGGAUGGAAGUUGGAUGAAUAGAGGGAGGAUGGGAUUAAAAUAACCUCAGUGGCCGAUAACAAAAGAGGUUUAGUUGAUAUAUCCAUUUAUACCCCUCUCCUCUUUCUGUUUCACUUCGCCCACUUUCAACAUCUAUUGCCUUUUAGUUUGACAUCAACCUCUCCAUCUCUCUGUUUAUCUCUCCACCUGUUCUGCUCACCUCUGCUGCUCAUUUCUCACACGUGUUCCUCCACUUCUCUGCCUCCCUUCUUUCAAUGAAAGUAGUCAUGAACGUUUCUCUCAGUUUACAAGUUGAAAAGUUGUAGUUGAGCGGUUGUGUCGUGGGCGAAUUUCUCUCUCCAUCAAAAAGUGUUGGAUUUGUGAGCAGCACAGAAACUGCCUCUGAUUUGGCUUAAUCACAUUUUUUCCAAUGGGGCUGACAUUUGAUAAGAAAUCAACGUGAAUUCUUUUUUUUUUAAAGUCCUUCGAUCAGCAUUUUCAAUAUUUUCCCGUGGAUUCCCAAGAAAACAUUUAGGGAGGACGUUUGUGUGCAGGGACCGGGAUUUGUCGUCUUUACACCGCGUCUUCAUUAACCACCACGAUGAUUUCUCAGUCUGAAACCUCUGAAAGGAAAUCCCGUCUCUCUACUAAGUUGAGAGUAAAAAAAAAAGAACACAGCCUUGAUGUCGAAAAACGUUUGCUCAUGCACACUUUUCAUAUUUGAAGUGCCUCGCGGAACUCUUUUCCACAUACAAAUAUCUUCUUUUUGUCUAAGGAUAUUAUAUAUAUAUAUAUAUAUAUAUAUAUAUAUAUAUAUACAUAUAUAUACAUAUAUAUACCGAGAACAUACAGUUUGUUCAUGGAGACGGGAGCGUUUUUACAAAGUAGGACAUUUUUGGUGGGGAAUGAGUUUCUGCAGGACACACACACACACACACACACACACACAGGACAUGUUCUUCUGUUUCUUUUGAUAAUAAAUUGUAUGUUUUUGGUUUGAUGGCAUUUCACAUCAGCGUUUACAUUGGGGGCGUUAACAAGUGUUUUCAUUUUAAUCUGUCAGAAUGUGUUAUAGGAUUGAUGCUGCGGCUUGCACUCUGUUUAUUAUGUUCUUAUUGCCAAGGAAGGGACAACACACACACGCACACACACACACACACGAAGACACACACAGAGUAUGAGUUGUGUACAUUUUGGGAUGUACAGUAUUAACUAUUGGAGACAAGGGAGAUAAAGGCCAGUUUAUUAUUGGUCAGACACACACACAUGCAUGCACAUACACUCACAUCAACUAUGUACAUUUAACCAAUAUAUUUUAGUAGAAAUGUGUCUCUAUUCAUUUGCUUUUAUAGAAAGUAUGGGAUUUUUUUUUUUAGGUUAUUUUCUCUCUUUCAUGUUGUAUUUUAUUCUGCUACUUUUUCUCCUGUAUGUUAUUGUUUAGGUUUUAUUUCGUGCAAAAAAAACGAUAUUUCAACAGCAUAUUUUGACAGCCAAGAAAAGUUUGUUACACAGCUAAACUUGAAGAAUAAUGAUGACGAUGAUAAUAAUUAAUAAAAAGUAAUAACAAAAAGUA